AUGGCCGGGCUGGCUGCACUGCAGGCUGUGGGGCUGGGUGGAUGGGAGCUCGCUGGCCUGACCCAUGCUCAGCACCAUGUCAGCGACCUGUACGAGGACCUGCGGGAUGGCCACAACCUCAUCUCGCUGCUGGAGGUGCUCUCGGGGGACACGCUGCCGAGGGAGCGCGACGUGAUCAGGAGCUUGCGGUUGCCCCGCGAGAAGGGGCGAAUGCGCUUCCAUAAACUGCAGAAUGUGCAGAUUGCCCUGGAUUACCUGAAACACCGGCAGGUGAAGCUGGUGAACAUCCGCAACGAUGACAUCGCCGACGGCAACCCCAAGCUCACGCUGGGCCUCAUCUGGACCAUCAUCCUCCACUUCCAGAUCUCGGACAUCCAGGUGACCGGGCAGUCCGAGGACAUGACGGCCAAGGAGAAGCUGCUGCUGUGGUCACAGCGCAUGGUGGAGGGCUACCAGGGCCUGCGCUGUGACAACUUCACCACCAGCUGGCGGGACGGGCGUCUCUUUAACGCCAUCAUCCACCAUCACAAGCCCAUGCUCAUCGACAUGAACAAGGUGUAUCGCCAGACCAACCUGGAGAACCUGGACCAGGCCUUCACCGUGGCCGAGCGGGACUUGGGGGUGACGCGCCUGCUGGACCCUGAAGAUGUGGACGUGCCCCAGCCGGACGAGAAGUCCAUCAUCACCUACGUCUCAUCGCUGUACGACGUCAUGCCCCGCGUGCCUGACGUGUCAGUCGGCCUCAAGGCCAAUGAGCUGCAGCUGCGGUGGCAGGAGUAUCGCGAGGUGGUGACGGCACUGCUGCAGUGGAUUCGCAAUCACACCGUCAUCUUCGAGGAGCGCAAGGUGCCGGGCAGCUACGAGGAGAUCGAGCUCCUGUGGCGCCAGUUCCUGAAGUUCAAGGAAACCGAGCUCCCGGCCAAGGAGGCCGACAAGAACCGCUCCAGGGUCAUUUACCAGUCGCUGGAGGGCACGGUGCAGGCCGGGCAGCUGCAAGUGUCCCCCGGCUACCACCCCCUGGACGUGGAGAAGGAGUGGGGCAAACUGCACGUCGCCAUUCUGGAGCGCGAGAAGCUGCUUCGCGCUGAGUUCGAGAGGUCAGUGCUCAGGGGGAGGGAACGUGGG